GGAAAUGACGUGCUUCAGCAGAAUUUAGCAUCUAUGAAGAGCCCCUGGAUGACAGCGAGCAACGCCGCCGGUGGGUCGGACGCAGGAGAGGGAGCCACAGCUAUUUAAAGGGAGUCUAACGGGGGAGGGUGAUGGAUAAAUAACCCUGGAUCCACAGCGUAACCACUCUAAACAUCGCUACAUCACAUCCCGUUCUCUAGCUUCUCACGAUUCAACCUCCGUGUCUAACUACUAGUUCUUGUUGUUUAGAGAGGCAGAGAGAAGCGGUUUAGGGUUUUUCUUUCGCUUGUCCGCCAUAUCAACUUCCUCAGAGGGGUUUGUCUCUUGUCUCUCCUCUCCUGGAUUUAUUUCCCCAUCAAACUAACAGGCAGCUUCUCUUUGGCUACUGCGAGGGGUCGCUUCGGGGGAACUAUGGGGAAAGACUAUUAUAAAAUCCUGGGGAUAGUGAAAGGAGCGGCUGACGAGGACAUUAAAAAGGCGUACAGAAAACAGGCUCUGAAAUGGCACCCGGACAAAAACAAAGCGGCCAACGCCGAGGAGAAAUUUAAGGAGAUCGCCGAGGCAUAUGAAGUCCUCAGUGAUCCGAAGAAAAGGGAGAUCUAUGAUCAGUAUGGAGAGGAAG